AUGUCGAUAGAAGAUCCAUUUUUCGUUGUGAAGGGGUAAGAAACUAACAGAUUUAAGUUCUUAAAUGAGGCGUCACCUUAGCUGUAUCUAUCCGCCAGUGUGCUUGAAGCUUAAUUUGAUAGAUAGUUGCGCUUUAUAUCAAAACACAGUCAUUCAAACGAAGUUUGAGCAGCUAGCUCUAGCUAACUAGCCUCGAUGCUAACAUCUGCGCUUGGGUAAUCGAGUGUUGAUGUUUGUUUGGUCUACUAAAAGUCCGUCCUGUGCGGUGUAAUCCCUCAGAUUUAGAUUACUUUCACGUGUUAGUCAGUGGAAACACCUGUGCAGCUUUAAUGAGACAGUUUACACGGUGAUGUGAAGUUUAAGAAGGGUGUGAAAUGUAGCUUCUGUCUGUUUGUUUUGGUUAGUUUUGGAGUUGAGCUUGACAAACAGAGAAACGUGUCUCAGUGUGUGCAGUUCAAGUGUUGUGUGUCUGUGUGUUUAAUCAGGGAGGUGCAGAAGGCCCUGUCACGUGCACGGAGCUUGUUUGAUAGGUGGGAAGAACUGUUACAGGAUGGAACACAGGUGAGCAGACCCCUCGAGUCCUCAGGUAUAUGACUGUCUAACCCUGAUAGUCUGAUGUGGGUGAAUCAGUCCAAACACAUCCUCCUGACACUCAGAAACACACCCUGUGAGAGUUGUCCAACACAAGAUGAGUCUGCAAACACAUCAUACCACCUUAAUCUGAGAAAUACUAGGCCACUGUUUAAUGUUUACAAAGACAAACCUGGAUUAUAAACUGUGUAAUCCUUUUAUUUAACAGACAAAAGUGCAAAAUCAACAUACUAGAUAUUAAAACACAUAACAUUUUCUGUGUUUGUUGAAUAAACAUAAUCUCAUUAAAAUAGCUGAAACAACUUAAAAGUUUAGUUUUGCUAAAAAGGGUCAAGGCUAGGGCUGGGCAGUAAAACUGUCCCUGUCGGUGAGAAAAAAAGAAAAUGAGUGCUACCCCCGGCAGAAAUGCAGAUGAAGAUGAUGACAUCAUCGACAAAACUGGCAUGAAAAUGUCGGUGGUGUGGUAUUUUGGUAUUUUGUUUUUUUAGGUUGGACAUGAAGCAGAGUAAUGUGCACUGCAAAUUCUGUCGAGUAGAUGUUCUCACCAAGUCGGGGAAUACCUCAAAUCUUUUGCACCGCCUGAAGCAGUGCCACGUGGCAGAGCAUGCACAAUGAAAACGGUUACAAACCCUGACCGAAGCAAGGAGCCUAUGGUGCUUGCAGCCGAAACAGCCGACCGUUCAGUCCACUUUCUCUAACCCAGUGGUUCUCAAGUCCAGUCCUCGAGGCCCACUGUCCUGCAUGUUUUGGAUAUUUCCCUGCUCCAACACACCUGAUUCAAAUGAUUAGCUCGUUAUCAAGCUCUGUAAUGGCUUAAUAACGAGCUCAUCAUUUGAAUCAGGUGUGUUGGAGCAGGGAAACAUCCAAAACAUGCAGGACAGUGGGCCUCGAGGACUGGACUUGAGAACCACUGCACUAGUGCAAUGCCUCACGACAAAACGUUAAAGAGACACAAAGACCUCACAGAUGCAGUAGCUUAUUGUAUUGCAAAAGACAUGAUACCAAUAAGAACUGUUAAAUUUCAUGUAAGAGUAACAGGGAACAUUUAAGAUUGACAGGUGUUUUUUUUUUUUUAUUUCAUGAUACAUAUCGAUAUCGACUGAUAUAAAAAAAUAUACUGUGAUAAACUUUUUCCCAUAUCGCCCAGCCCUAGUCAAGGCUAAAAUCCAGUACUGAAUAUCUGUUAUCUUUGGGCCCACAGGCUGCACAGCAUUGACAAAAAGACACAACUCUAUUGUGGAAAUCACUGCAUGGGCUCUAAAUCAUAUCCAAAACCCAUUAUCCAAACAACACUUUUUUUAAAUUCCAACAUUUGAUUUGUUGUCUUUGCAUUUUUUAAAACUUCCAACAUUUUGGAAUUGAGGUUUUGUUCAGAAUUUAAAAGUCUGCAGAUAAAUGAAACGCAAGAUAAGGUACUUUCACUUUUGUUUAACUGCAUGUGGAGAAAAAAGCAUGGAGCCAAGAAAACAGCAGCAGUAAACUGUAUCUAAAGGUUGUGCUUGUGUAAUAUUUACAUUAUCUUACAAAGUUACGUGGUGACUGACUCACCUGUAACCUUUCAACAACACACUGGUCCUGUCCUGUAAUGAUGUGUGCAUUCCCAACAAAUUUCCUUUCAUGUUUUUUGUUGUAACAACGACCUCUUCACAUCUAUAUUUAGCAAACAUAGUAGUUUUUCCGUCAUCGUUCAGAGUCCCAUGACUCACAGACACCAUUACUCGGCACCACGGCUCCUCAAUGUAAACCAGUUCUGUGAGCAUCCACAGCUGAUAACAAAGACAUUCCUCGAGUUUAAAAAUAGUAACACAGUUAUGUGGUCCCAGGUGACUCGGGAUGAACUCGACUGGAGUACCAACGAACUGAGGAACUGUCUGAGGGCCAUAGACUGGGACCUGGAGGACCUCAGUGAAACUAUCAGUAUCCUUUUAAACAAGAAAAUACUCCCUUACAGCCCACAUCUUCACAUGACCGAAAGUGUAUAUUUAGAACAAACGGCUUCCUUGUGUCACUCUGACUCUUCCCUUUCUAUCUUUACUCUCGUUUAGGAGAAACAUCCUCUUCUCAAGACCGGGAAAAGUGCAAAAAUUUGAUAACGUACAAAUAAAAAGCCCCUCUCAGUAGCUGGAAAAGUCAAAAUAGAAAAGACAGAGAACAUUUUUGUAUUUGAUUCUUAAUAUCAGAUAGUAAAAGCCUUAAUAGUUUUCUUUUCAGAUUGAAUACACGUUCAUUGCAGUUUUUAUUGUACAGUUCGCUUUGUUUGGGAUUGAAUUUACGGUACUAGGUUGUUUUUUUUUACCACGCCUCAUUUCCCCAGUCUCUGCGGUUACACCUCACUGUAAGUAGGUGUGUCUUACAGUACAAGAGGAAUAAGCAAUAAAACAUUUUACAACUGCCAGGUAUUGAUGUCAAAUUAUUAAUGUCUCCAAUGUCAACAAAGUGGGAAACUCCCAAACCGGUUUGUCCCCUUCGAUCCAACAAACUUUUUCAUCCUCUUGUUCAAUUUUUUUCAUGAUGAAUGAAUUCUUUAUUUGAAAGUGUAGCUGAGAUUUUACAGUGACUCCUACAUGAAGGGAGGUCAGAUUUGUUUGGUUUUGUGCAUUUGUUCCUUAACCAGCUCAGAUAUUGUGGAGUCAAACCCUGGGAAGUUCAAACUGGGAGACAAUGAACUUCAGGAGCGGAGAGACUUUGUGGAGAGAACCAGGUCAUCUGUCCAGGUAAACUCUUUGGUGUUUCUCUGCUCAGUAUUUUUUCUACUAUCUUGCACAAAGAGAUGCUUGAUAUUGCUAGCUCUACUUAUGAUAACCUCAUCUGCAGAUCUGUGAUCUGUGAUUCUGUGUUAACUUGUGUUAGAUUGAUAAAUUGUGCUGAAUUUGAACAGUUCUCUGAGUCGUCGUGCCUUUGGUCGAGUCAAAUCAAUUCACCAUAUUUGCUAAGAGAAUAUACUUUUGCAUCUCAUUAAUCUGUUGGACUGAGAUUUACCAACUCAUACAGUUUUAUCCCAGGUGCAAUCAUAUCAUAUAUCCUCAGAAAGAAUAUAAGGAGUGACAAAAACUUGUGUAGAAACUGUGUAGCCAUCUUCUCGUCAGCCUGCUAGAGAGCACAAAAAGUUCUCUGGCUACUGAAGAAAUGAUUAAAAAGUUGAAGAAACCAUUAAUACAUAGUCGGGCAGGAUUUGAGGAGCUUUAAAAGCCAGUUGUGGUAUAUUUGGAUAUGCACACAAUGAAACAAUGAGGUGAAUGAUUGAAUUGAAUAAAUCAUUGAAUUUCCCUUCAGGUGUAAAUAAAGUUCUUAUUCUUAUGAAAGUGAAAAUGUCAACAUAAAUAAGAAAAUGUAAAAGGUUCUGAUAUUACUAAGGGGAAAGGGAUAAAAAAAAAGUUCUGUGUGAAAUAAUAGCAAAAAGCAAGGGGUAUAGAUGAAAAAAGGCUCCUGUAUGUUGCAAUUCUAAAAACUCAUCGUCGUAACUGUGUAAGUGGCAUAGAAAUAAAUCAGUUUGGAGGUGGAUUGUACAUUUAUGGUCAGUACAUUGUUAUUAAAUUUCCUAAACCAAAUAAAUCAAAGUAUACCACCGUAAUAUUGUAGACAGUUUGACUAUUUUUUUAAAUAAUAAAACAUACUUAUAAAGCAGCUUUGAAAACAUAGAAACACACACACAGACACACUCAUGGUUUUAGGGAAUUCCCGCUAUGUCCAAAGACAGUGUGGGUUUGAUUUCCACUCUCAAGAAGCUUUACCUCUUUAAAACCACAUAUGUUGAACCCACAUGAAUCAGUCCUGAUCCUUCGAUGAAAUUCCUUCACAAGUGCUGGUUCCAUCAGCACAUCAGUCAGCUCCAAUGUGCCCUAAUUCGGACUUCAGUUGCAGUCAUGUUCACCGUCCCCAGAGUGGGCUGUGCUUACGCUCCCAUUCAUGAGUUCCAGGAAAAUACGCAGAAAUCCUCCGAUCUUAAAUUGUCUGUUUUUCAUACAGAGGAGCACGUGCAGGCACUAUUUUUUUUAAAAGGUGUUGCCAAUGGCUACAAGAGACCGUGUUAGAAGAAAGACACAAACAUUGCCUGGAAGUUCUGUGCUGUGUUUUGGAAACUGAAGUGUUUCUAACAAACCGCAGAGACUGCGGGCCAGACAAAGUCAAGCAUGAGUCAAAGCAGCAGCAGCAGCUCAAACUGAGCCUGUUUAUAUAUUCCUGCUGUUUUUACUGUGAGGAGGAGUGUUAUUGAUUAUCUAUCAGUACCUGUCAGCUUGUUUACCUACUCUGCACCUGAGCUGAAUAGCGCUGCAUGCACAGUGGAAAACAUGAGUCAGUUUGAAACACAGCAGUCUUGCAGGCAAAGGUAAAGUCCUUAAAAUAGAGCAGAGAAGAAUUGAGUCAUCUGAGUCGAACAAAAGAGAUUCACUCAGAUGAACAAAAGGCUCUCUGGCAUUUAAAUUCACCCGCUGGUUUUUCUGGAUCAGGAGAAUAAAAGUCUCAUUAACGAAGCUGUCUGCACUAAGCCGGGCUUUUAGAGAGAUUUUAGCUGAGGUUGUGAAACCCUGUCAAGUUAAUUGUGUGUACGUGUGUGUGUGUCGUGCAGGAGAUGAAGGAUCAGCUGUCCAGUCCCUCUGCUGUGGCUCAGGCAGAGAAGAAGAACAGACAGGUUGGUGGACAUUUCUACCCCCAAAUGUAUGAAACAUACAGGGGGAAAAAGGGGGUGCAAGAAAUGUUUGAGAAAUGUCGAUUAGCAGAAAAAAACCCACUCUGAGCUGCUGUGUUGGCAGGUUGCUUUGAGACAUUUCUAUCUGAAACACCAAACAAAUGAUUUCAUCAUCUGUGAUUUGGAAAGUAUUGUGGGCAGGAGCAGCUGCAAAAGAAACUGUCAAACCCACAUUGUUCCACUAGUCGGCCUACUUUUUUUUAAAGUUUAGAAGAUCACACACUCACUCUGACUCUUUCUUUCCUCUUUUUUUUAUUUUUUUUUUAAACCACACGUCAUGUGCACGUGCCUUGUUUGUGUGUGUAUGUAUGUAUGUUUGUGCAGGCUCUGCUGACUUCAUCAGGUCAGGACAGAUCAUCGGGACUUGAGGCUCAUAUGGUGUCUACAAACUCCAGAUACAUCCAGGAGCAACAGGAGCAACAACAGGUAUCCAAGAGGGGCGAAUACUAGAUUGUGAACAUGCAGAGGAUGUGAAUACAAAUGCAAAUAUUCAAUAAGUGUUACAGAUACAAAUAAGAAGGGAAGAGCAAGAAAAUGAGAGUCAGAAGGGUGGAAAGGACAAAUAUAGAAAAGGGGAAAAAAAAGUUUUGUUAUCUGGAAAUACUUCAACAUAUUGUGGGGUAUGUGAUACUUUAAGGAAUGAAAACGAGAACUGCUCCAGUGGGUCAAUUCUCAUUCAAUCAUUCAUUAAUUUAAUGUCACUUUGAAGGGAAAUACAGGAGAACAUUUGAAGAUCUGAUGCGUUAUAACUAGAGCUGCUAAACAGUUUCUUUAACUGCGAUUAACUGGAGAUUCUUAAUUGCAGUUAAACACAUUUUAAAAUCCUGUUAUUUUGCAUCCUAGCCAUCUUUAAAUCCAUGAGGAUUGUGAACUGAGUUCCAAUGAAAUGCACUUUGACUCGUAGAUUCUUCACUAAAAUAAAUGCUGCACAAUCACACCGGUGUGAUCCAAAACCAUGUUUUAGAGAAGAGUGUAUAUUUAGGGAAUUCCCUACCCUUUAGUCCUGGAAAAAGCAUGUAAGAUCAGAUAAGAUAAACUUUAUUGCCCUUAAAGUGGAAAAUUCGUCCAGGGCUAUUCACCCUCACUGCAGCCACAGAAAUGAACAACAUACAGCAUGAUGUCAACGGAUGCUGUCAUCUCUGUUGACUUAGUUUACGCUGCACAUACAGUAAGCCACCUUAAAGGGAUAUUCCAGCUUAAAUUUAAGUUAUGGUCAAACACACUGUAACACAGAGUUCGACAUCCCCUCGAGAGAUGAAUGUUGCUGACCGCUUGCUUCUCUAGUUAUACCAACUUUAGUAAAGACCGCAGAUAGCAAUACACAGCGGUCUACGUCUCUGAAGAAAUGAUCAUAAUUGUUCUUCCUAUGAUCUUUCUAUGUUCAUUUCUUCAUAUAAUAUGGUAAUUAUUACUUCAAGGAAAUGAUAAAGUAGUGAUCAUAAAUGUUCUUCUUUGAGCUACGAAACUUCGCUGCAGUCAGUAAUGGACUCGUCCGAGCUCUGCCUACAAACAAACGGCUGCUGGAGGUGAGUGGGUGAGUUGUGUUAGAGUGGCUUUUUGGUCGAGGUUUGCGCGUGGCUCCAUAGACAGCUGUAUAUUGCUAUCUGCAGUCGUUACUAAAGAUGGUAUAACUAGAGACGCAAGCCAUUGGCAAUGUUCAUCUCUCUUCGGGGUGUGUAACUCUGUGUUACAGUGUGUUUGACACUAAAUUAAUUUUACGCUGGAAUAUCCCUUUAAUGAUCAGGACUCCAGGAGAUUCUAAAGUUUCUUGAUGUUUGCAAACUCAGCAUGGAGAUCACGUGAAGCUUUAAGUGCAUCUUUAUUUUCUUUGGUGGUACUCGGUCUGUUGGAAGCAUCAGAAAUCAGAGGCUCUAGCUGUUGUUCAAUCUUCACCUCCAUGUCUGGACCGAGCUCGAAGUGUGCCUUGCAGUAUCCAAUUGCUCUGUAACUCCAGAGAGGCUGCUUUCCUCUGCAUGUCGGGCAGUUAAAGCAAAAGGGUGAAAUGUCCAAUAAGUGUCGACAUGUUGCGCAGUCAUCCUGAGAUCAUUUUAAUCACAUGCUGAUGCACAACAUUGCCACUCAUCAGGAGUUCUGGUUUCAUACAGGCCCACCUGUCGCCUGUGUGUUCUUCAUGUCCAGUCACAACAUGCUCACCUGAGUUAGCAUGACCCGAGUCUUUCACAAUGUUGAUUGGCCUGUGGUUGUUUCCAUCCAUUUAUCAAUCACUGGGGUUCACUUCUUUGAUUUAAUGUGUCAUCCGCAGCCAUAGGGGGUUCACACACUCAACCCUCAGAUUUAAGUAGGUAUAAUAAGGUAAAGGUUGGAGACUUCAACUUUUGUGGGGGAAGAGUGAAAGGAGGUUAAAAAAAGGUAGUGUCAAACAUUUGAGGGUAGUGAUUGUGUGAUUUCUUUGCAGAUUGAUGUAAAGAGAGCAGCCUCGCUGUCAGCCUGAUGCUGCUAUAACCUUUGUUUUUAUGAUGAUAACAGAGAGAGAAUCAAGCAAAGGAUCAGUCUGCAAGAAGAGCAUUAAAGACGAGAGAGUGUCGGCUUUCUGCUGCAGCAGUUUAAAAAAAAAAACAAGGUCUCUGUUCUGCCAAGUAUCAAAUAAGUAAAUAAAGUGAAAGAGGAUUAAAUGUAGGUGGAGAGUUCGUUUUUCAUGUCUUGGCAGAAAAAGGCUGUUCCUGUUUCCUGUGGAUUUAAAUGAUGAAACCUCAUCUUCUCACAUCCUGUGUGUCAUGUCGAGGUUUCAGAUGAAAAAAAACAGAAAACACACUGAGCUUGUUCGCAGUUUUGAUCUAAUGAUUAAAGAGAAGAUCUCUGACCCUGUGCAGUUUCAUCAGCUCCACCAACAGGAUGUUUGGGUGUCACUCUUUGUUAAGAUAUUAUUGGACCUUAAUCUACAGGACAGUAAAGAGAGAGUUAGAAGAAGUGUGGCCUAAAGUUUGCAGUAAGAGUAGUUUUCACUAAUCACCUCUCUGCCGGCUUUGGCAGCAAAGUAAUCCGUAUGGAGAGCAAAAGUAGGCAGGAAACCAUCCACUGUGAUCUGAAAGCUAUUGAUUUAUCACUCUCUAAACAAAUACCUGCAUCCAAGGGCAGCUGAUAAUUUAUUCUGGUGAUGAACUUUCAACUCAGGCAAUAAAUCUGCCUGUAGGGCUGUGGCACUGCAGGAAUUCCCCUGCGGUGGUUACAGGAGGCCUGGCUGUAUAGCACAGCACUCCCUAUUAAAGCACGUGAUCAUACACUGGCUGACUCAUCCACAUCCUGUGUGACGGUGUGUGUAAGGUGUUUUUGUCCUACACUUUCAGUGUUGUGUUUGGCAUCUUGGAUAAAGGCUUCAUAGUCUGACAUCAGCGUGUCAGCGCUGGAGGAGGCAGGCAGCCGCUUUAGCAUGACGGCUUCAUCUUAACUUCCCCUUUAAAGUCGAUGUUUUUCACAGGGACCUUUUUUGGCGCUGCAUUCACACAUUACCGCAUCUUUAUGAGCUGGUUCUCCAUUUUCAUUUAGCUUUGAGCCUAAAUGUUCUCAAAGGAGCGGAAGUAAACAUGAGCUGGGGUGAGGUGACGUAACUUGUCGCCCAUCAUGCUCUGCGGUUGGCUUGUCAACACUGUGGUAUUUUAUUGUGGUGACAACCCUACCUGCCUGACACUGGGUCAUGAAGGCCAAUUGGAUUUCAUGACUUCCUGGAAUACAUUAGACCUGAAUUUUCCUACCUCUAUCCAACAAGCAUACUUCUAUAAAGUGCUAAAUCACAGCGAAUGGUAUCCGAGAUUUCCUUACACAAAGAGCAGCUCUAAAGAAUGAAGAGUAAUGUUUGUGUGUUUGUGUUUGUACAGCUGAUCAUGCAGGAGCAGGAUGAGCAGCUGGAGUUGGUAACAGGCAGCAUCAGAGUCCUCAAAGACAUGUCAGGACGGAUCGGGGACGAGCUGGACGAGCAGGCCGUGUGAGUGGACAAAAACAAACAAACACCAACAUGUUUUUGUUUUUUACAAUGUGUGAUCAUUACACAUAAAAUGGACAGAGGGGUGAGCUUCAGAUCAGGUUUUUCAAGUCUGAAUCAUUGGUAAGUCUUGAAAGUCUCACAACAACCCUUGAACUCUCCUCUAGCACCACCCUCAGGACAAACACCAGCACCUUCAGACAGCUCUGAGAUCCCACACUGUACUUAGAUCUUUGACUUAAUCAUACAUAAAAGGUUAUUGGGGCUAAAUAUUUCUCUUCAAGUUUGGCUUUGAUUGGCAGUUUAUCUGUCUGCAUAAUAAACUAAUGCAGAUAUGCUCCUAAAGCUGUGGUUGAUGUGCUUUUUUCCCCCCUAUAAAUAACUAAGCCUUGCUCUCGUUUUUCAGCAUGUUGGGGGAUUUUGGAGACGAGAUGGACCAGACGUCAUCCCGGAUGGAUUCAGUCCUGAAGAAGUUGGAGAAAGUGUCUCACAUGACCAGCAGUGAGUCCACUCAGCACUGACAGAAUCACACUGAAUUGAUCUCAAGCAACACAAACAUUUAAAAUUUAUAUUUUUUAAAGAUUUACCUGCAUGUUUUUCAAAUAAUGAGACUCAGACUUUGCACAAGAGUGAACAGGACUUCCAACAGAGAUAGAGAGAGUUCUGAUAAAUCUGCGUAUUUUAACACCUAAAGGUGGAUUUUCCUGUGGAGCAGAUACAGUUUCUCACAGCAUGAGUACACUCCUUACAUUUAUGCAAAUACAUCUUUCCAUGGGACAACACUGAAGAAAUGGCAAGUUGAUACCAGGGCUGGGACGAUAUGCUUUUCUCCUGAUUCAAUUGUUCUACGAUUUUUUGGUGCCGAUUUGAUUUAAAUUGCGAUUUUACGAUAUUGUAUAUUUUCUCGAUUUUUAGUCUGCAAUGAUUGUCUACUAACUAUUUCAGGAACCAUAUUUCCCCAAAAAUACACGUCAUAUGUUAGUCAGUUUUUAAGAUUUGUUCUUGAAUUUGAAAAAAAAUAUCGAUUUUUGAACAAAAAAUUUGAUUUAAAAAUUGUAAAACAAAAAUCGCGUCACUUGCAUGAAUAGAUUUUUUUUCCCACCCCUAGUUGAUACAGUGUAGAGUAGUCCUCACAGCCAUUAAUGUGUACACCGCUGGCAGCUAAAAUGAGCACACCACUAAGUGAAAAUGGGUCAAUAUUCUGUGUGGCCACCAUUAUUUCCAGCACUAUCUCAACGCUCUUCGGCAUGGAGUUCACCAGAGCUUCACGGGUUGCUCCUGUAGUCCUUCUCCACUCCUCUUUGAUGACACCAUCUGGCGGAUGUUUGAGACCUUGAGGAUGCCCCACAGAUCCUCAAUAGGGUUUAGGUCUGGAGACACGCUCGGCCAGUCCAUCACCUUUACCCUCAGCUUCUUUAGCGAGGCAGGGGUCAUCUUGGAGGCGUGUUUGGGGUCGUUAUCAUGUUGGAAUAUUGUCCUGCAGCCCAGUUUCCAAAGGGAGGGGAUCAUGUUCUGCUUCAGUAUGUCACAGUACAUGUUGGCAUUCAAGGUUCCCCUUAAUGAACUGCAGCCCCUCAGUGCCAGCAGGACUCAUGUAGCCCCAGACCGUGACACUCCCAUCACCAUGCUUGACUGUAGGCAGGACACACUCGUCUUUGUACUCCUCACCAUCUGAACCUAAUGGGUUUAUUUUGGUCUCAUCAGACCACAGAACAUGGUUUUAGUAAUCCAUGUCUUUAGUCUGCUUGUCUUUAAUAAACUGUUUGCUGGUUUUCUUGUGAAUCAUCGUUAGAAGGGGCUUCAUCCUGGGAUGACAGCCAUGCAGACCAGUUUGAUGCAGUGUGUGCCGUAUAGUCUGAGCACUGACAGGCUAACACUCCCACCCCUUCAAUUCAACCUCUGCAGCAAUAGAGAUGCGACGAUCCAUAUUUUUUCCGAUCCAAUACGAUACCGAUACCUGGGCUGAGCAUAUCGGCCGAUAUCCGAUACUGAUCCAAUACGACUGUUGAAUGAAUGAGCUGUAUACCUUGCCCAUACCUUGUUUAAAAAAAAAAAGGUAACAAAUUAACACAGAUUCAAAUUUACUUAAUAUUAUUUAUUAACAAAUAACAAAUUGCACUUAAGAAAAUUUACUCUGUAAAUUUACACUGUUGUACAAGAUGUACAAUGACUACUUUACAUGGUAUCAAAGUGUCAUUUCUUCAGAAAAGAUAUUAUGAAGUCUUUGCAGAAAUGUGAGGAGGUACUCACUCUAAGUCAUGCUUCAGUCUCAGUCUGCACGUAUCAAACCUAAAGAUCCUUUCUUUCCCUCUUCAGGUCGGAGGCAGUGGUGUGCCAUCGGCAUCCUGGUCGCCAUCAUGAUUGUCAUCCUCAUCCUCUUCUUUGCCCUCUGA